AUACUACCAACAGCGUGCCAAUUGCUGCUACCAGUUCUCUUUUAACAGAUACAGAUCACUUCACUCUUGACGUUGCGCUGAAUCUCUGUGAGUAUCUAAGCGGAAAGAUGGGGGAUGAAAAGGAUGCUUUUUAUGUUGUGCGGAAGGGGGAUGCAGUUGGAGUGUAUAAAAGCAUAAGUGAUCUUCAAUCUGUUCUUCGAUCUUCUGUAAAUGAUCCUUCUGUAAGUGUGUUUAAAGGGUAUGGUUUGUCUAGAGAAGCUGAGGAAUAUCUCUCGUCUCAUGGACUUAAGAACGCUAUUUAUUCUAUUGAUGCCAGCGAUGUGCAAGAUGAUCUUUUUGGCCAACUUAUCACUUGCCCCUUUCGGGAACCUAAUUCUUCUAAAGAGAAAUCAGCUAGCAAGAACCAUUCGGACAAAAGGCCACAGGAUGUUAUUGGAUCAGCUUCAUUUCCAGCCAAUUCUCAGCUAAAGCAUGCCAAAUUAGAUAAUUUCCUCCAAGUUCCUCCAAUUUCUUCUUAUUGUCUUGACUUCCCAUUUCAUGUACAGUGUUCGUGUAUUCUCGAGUUUGAUGGUGCUUCAAAGGGCAAUCCUGGACAAGCUGGUGCAGGGGCUGUGCUGCGGGCAGCAGAUGGAAGCAUGGUGUUUCGAUUGCGUGAAGGUGUUGGUAUUGCAACCAAUAAUGUUGCUGAAUACCGAGGUGCCAUUUUGGGAUUAAAAUAUGCUCUUCAGAAAGGGUUCAAACAUAUACGCGUUCAAGGAGACUCUAAACUUGUUUGCAUGCAGGUUCAGGGUCUAUGGAGAACCAAAACACAGAACAUGACUGAAUUAUGUAAGGUGGCUAAAGAGCUCAAGGAUCAGUUUAUGUCUUUCCAGAUAUGCCAUGUUGAAAGAGAUUACAACACUGAAGCUGAUGCCCAAGCAAACUUAGGAAUACAUCUAAAAACCGGUGAAAUUCAAGUGGAAUGUGACAUGAAAUAAUGACCUAAAUGCUCUAAGGAAUGGACGGCUACUUACCGAUUCCUGAAAGCAUAAUGCUAGCAGAUUCAUCUGGUUCUGCUUUCUGUCGGUCUGGUGCAAACAGAUUCUAAAUUGUAGAUAAAUUACCAGGAAUAUGGUUUGUAGCAGAACUACCCUGAGAAAUUGGAUUUAGAAGUUAUCAGUCAGCUGAUAUUUCUAAUCUAGGUGCUUCUCACGGAAGAGCUGAAUCCUCUUAUGUAUGUAUGGUUUAAAGAUUUUCUAAAUCACGGGGUCCUGCUAUUUUUCUAA